CAGUGAUAUAUAGAGCUAUAAAAGAGUUUGCUCUCCUAACUAUUUGGUAGAUCAAGAUUUUAAAGCUCACUGACGUCAUUAUUAUCUCAAGAGUUCCGAGAAAGCCCCGAAUUGAUAGCGGGUGAGCGAUAUCGUUACACAAAAGCCACGCCGUGAGCGAAGGAGCUUCAUUCGGUCGAAGAAUUAGUUGGUGGAAAGAAGUGAAACGAAAAGUGAAUCGUGGUGUUGAUUGAACUGGAAUUGUGGGAUUAGAAAUUAUUUUUAGAACGUUAAUUACUUCAUUCCUUCCUAAGAACAAUCCACUUGAAAAAUGAAUACACAGACGAUUAUUGUUUCAUCACCGGCCGUGGGUCCCAACUCCACUAGCGUCAUCUGCCCUUCCUGCCGUCAUAGCAUCAUGACGAACGUGAGAACAGAAUCUACUACCAGAACGCACGUGAUUGCUAUUCUUCUCUGUGUUUUCCUAUGCUGGCCAUGUGUUUGCCUUCCAUACUGUAUGGAUACGUGCAAGAAUGCGAAUCACUAUUGCCCCAAUUGCGGCUCAUUUAUCGGCACAUACCAAAAAUAGCGCUCUAACGACACAUUGAAUGAAUAUGUAUUGAGUUAAGGCUAUAUCUUUCAUACCAAAUUUACUAAUAUUU